AUGGAAAGUGUCUCUGCAUCCGCUUCGGUUUCCAGCCAAACCGCAGAGAAGAUUCGCGCAGCUGUAGCAAACUACUACGAAGGUUACGAACGUCGAGACGCAGCAGGACCUGACAAGUGGAUGGUACUCACAGACGAUCAAGCCAAGGAUGCGUUUGUCCGUCAGUUUAUGCGCGGACUGCAGAAGCGCAAGAACAGUGAAUUCAAGCAGCGCCAAGCGACACCAAUUUCGGUGCCCUACUACAUUUUCUCGACGCAAACGGUGAAGAAGGGCAAACGCGCGAUCGAAAAGCUUCCGCCUUCAAAAGGUCCCAACCUGCAGAUCCAGUGCGCAGUCUCCUCUGCUUACGGCGUAGUAGCGUACCGCAACAAGCGAGGCAGCAUCAAAAUGCAGGACAACGCGGACUUUGUGGAGGAGCUGUACAAGGUGAUCCUGGAGCCCGUGCUAAUCAGCGACGACAAGCCGAUCACGAAGACCGAGACGCGCAUGCGCAUUCGCGAGCGCGCCGCCAACGUGAACAUGCCGAAGAUCACGCAGUGCAUGGUGCCGAAGAUGGGGUUGCAUGCUGCGAAGCUCGUCAACGCCGCAAUUUUCUUCGAGGACAUGGUGUACGGCGAGUGGGUGGAUAUGUAA